AUGACAGCAGAUAAAGUCCAAGUCGUGGUUUCACCCCGGCCUGCCUCCAAUGUUGCCGGAUACACCCCCUUCCCGAACGAAGUCACGGACAUAAUCACCCGCAUUCUCGAAGACGAUGAGCGCCAGCCGUCCAAGGAGCCAGAUUAUCCCGUAAACCGCGUUUUCUCGAGCGGUGGGAGUGUAUCAAGUUCCUCAGCCCUGACCACUCCAUUGGAGCCAUCAACAGCCGCCGUCUCUCAAUUUGCCUCAAACCCAUUCACCUGCGUCGCUUCACCCAAGAAGAAAUCCCGGAAGGUACGGACCACCGCCACGCGAGUCAUCACUCCCGUCGAGCUCCCCUCCUCCGACGAUGAGAACCUCCCGCUUCCUCUGAUGACUCCCCGCCGUGAAUCUACCGCAAAGCCGAGGAAUGGAAAUGCUGCAAUGGAGCCUGUUGAUUCAGACACCGCCGCGCACCCGGAAGAGCACACGAACAAGGCUCCUGCGGACGAUGUGUGGGACAAUGAUGUGCCUGGAGAAGAUGAUAUCUUUGGUGCCGUCGGUGACCUUGAGAAGAACGAUGUUUUGAUAUGGAUUGCCAGCCACGAGUUCAUGCAAAACCCCUCGCAGCCCGUGUCACGAUAUGCUCGAUUACGCUUUAUCGAGCAGCUAGAAACGCAAUCGAAGGCUGCAGGUCUGGACGACACCUCCAUUUCGAAACUGAUUGCAUACGUGCGUUGGAAUUACUUGGAUGUUUGUGGGCUUUCAGGCUUGGAAAUAAAGAGCUUCGUCGACCCCGCUGUAUUCGGCAAAGAGAUCGAUGAUACAGCUGAGAGCCAGAAAUUAUCCAUGUCUCCAAAAGCACUCAAAUCGCUAAAACGGCGUCGCUCAACUGAAACCGAUAUUGACUACAAGCGGCAGAAAAUAAGCUCUAGCGGUUCCUCGUCAUCAUUCCAUACUGCCAAUGAGACCAGUGAUAGCGUCAUGCGCGAUGCUUCCGAGUCACCUUCUCGUGGUACCAAUCCAAUGUCGGCCGCAGACAGAAUCGGAAGUACAUCUGGAUAUCUUUAUACAGUCCCUGCGCCAGAAACUCCUCAGCCGAAGAGUGCUAAUGGACGCGAGAUCCUUUUUCCGGCGCAGCCUUCAUCUCCUAUCUGCACACCUACCAAAGCUAGCGGUCAUGUGGACGAGAUGUCGUACCCAUAUGCGUCUCCCAGCACAAAGAAGGCGCACCGACGACAUUCAUCUUCCAUCAAUCCUCUCGAUAACGCCACCAGGAACCUCGUCCAUGAGAGAGUAACGUCUGCUUCCUCUCCAACCGGCCGGAACACGAGCAUAUGUCACUCCGCAUCACCCUCCUUGAGUGCCGACAAGAAUAGCUCGAGAGAUUACAAUGCAAUUGCCGUGAUAUGCACCCCUUCAAACGGCCACAAGGCGCCCUCCCGGGAGUCUUCUAACUCGGUCCGCUUUGUCGAUGAAUGCAAAGCAGAUUCGACGCGGGAGGAGCCUGAAUCGCCCCUUUCUGCUCUCAGCCAAAGGAUGCGCUCACGACGUUCUUCGAUCGCUGCUCUAUCUACUCAUGAAACGAAUGGGGAAGAUUCAAACGACGUCCUCGAAACUGACGUAGGCUCUAGGCGCCAGCAGCCGGGCAGUCAUCCAUCCCCGUCGUCUGACCAUGCUGUGGUGAAUGAUCGCGGCAAAGACAUCACGGAUGAGAUGGAAAAGUCACCUGUUUCGUUACCAAUGCGCGUUUUCUCCGUCCCCGAAGACACAAAGGCGGCGAUCUUCCUCGGUACACUCCGCCAACGAAAUCGCCAAGAACAUAACCGCAGAGAUACCUGA